ACAAACAGUUCUUUGUGGAUUUUUGCGCUGAAAACAUUGAAAUGUAUUUAAUACGAAAUUCAAAAUAUCUUCAAUUGGCCAUAGGCUUUUUAGGAAUUAUAAUUCCCUUGGCCACCAUGGGCAUACCUUAUAAAUAUCAAACAUCUGUUUUGGACAUUCUGCGACCCAUAGAACUAGUGGCUUCUGGCUUACUCAUCUUUGGAUUGCUAAAGCAGCAAAGUCUGCACAAAAAGGAGAUUAUAUUGACCUGGUUGAUCUGUUCCUUGGCGUUUAUAGCUGGCAUUUUGUAUAACUUUUUACAAUAUACCUGGCGGUUUUUUGCCGAUGAAACUUCGAUGAUAAUCAGUGGCAUUCUAUUGGCAGUUUCAGCCCUGAUGUGCGGCAUGAUGUACGUGAUGUACAAUUCCUAUGUGAAGCUGAUUGAUGACAGCGAUGAAAAAUUGCUGCCAGCCUAAGGAAGAAGCUCAUUUUCCCUCCACCCCAAAGAAUAAGUUUUCUCUCUACAAUUAGAGGGGUUUUGGGGGGAGGAAAAUAAUGCUAAUGAGUGGUAGAACUGCGGCUGAGUUCGAGUGGCAAGUCGACUAAUUACAGUGAAAACCAACUACGAGUGGCUCAAAGCUUGCCUUAAGUGAGAAAAUUUUAAUAAAAAACGCUCGCUCUUUCCA